AUGGCAAAUGUGUACGUUGCUUCUCUCUGGAUCGGCGUCGGCGUUGGGCUGCUGUUGAUGGCCGCAGCAUUGUUCUUCUGGUGGCGACGUAGAAACCCCAAGAACACUACAUCUAACCCGGAGCAGCUUCAGACUGAGCAGGAGAAGGACUUCCGGGAAUUGGAGGGCGAAGGCACCACACCCCAACCACACGAGAUAAGUGGGAAACCCAGCGCCGCAGCAAAUCCAAAGGAGAUCUUCUCCACGGAGAUUCUCGAGGCCGCCACGGCAAAGAACCACGCUGAAGGCGGCUUGGGUGCAAUGGAAUUGGAAACGACCAGUGCCACUCAAGACCGAAAGGAUAGCCCUUCGCCUGUACCAAUCCCUGCUCCCCCAAUCGUCUCAUCAUUCUUCCAAACAGAAACUGUAACGUCGACUUUAGGGAAUUCGGGUACAAAUGAGCUAGCUGAGGAGGCAGACAUUGCAGUGCAGGAGCUCGGGCUGAUCAACUUGCGCAAACGGGGUUUGGCCGUUCAAGCAGAAGCCCUUGACAGCAGCCCUGAGUCCAUGGCGGGAAGGAAAGGCGAAGAAUACCGAGAGCUGCUUCAAAGAGAAGAAAGGAUUAUGGCUAGACUGGAAGAGAUUGAGAGCCAGCAAAGAAGCUUUGAUUAA